GAAGGAGCCAUCCCCAAACUGUUCCCACAAAGUUGAGAGCAUGAAUUGUCCAGAUUGUCUUUGUCUAUUACUCUGUAGAGAGUUGGUGACUUCUGCGUACUGUGUGCUUCACCAUGCGCUAAUCCCGCUCUGUCAUUUUACGUGGCCUACCACUUCAUGGCUGAGUUGCUGUUGUUCCCAGUUGCUUCCAUUUUGUUAUAAUACCACUAACAGUUGACCGUGGAAUAUUUAGUAGCCAGGAAAUUUCAUGGACUUAUUGCACAGGUGGCAACCUAUCACGGCACCACGCUUGAAUUCACUGAGCUCCUGAGAGCAACCCAU